AUGGAGUGGACUGACGAAGAAUGCUUACAAUUUAUUAACUUAUAUAAAUUAAGACCAAUCCUUUGGGAUCCUACUGAUCCUCAAUAUAAAAUGGUGAAAAAAAAAAUAGAUUUUUGGACGGAAAUAAGCAAGGAACUAAACCUAAAUGUAAAUGAAGUGAGAAAAAAAAUGGACAGCCUUUUAGCUUCAUACCGAAGAGAGAGACAACGUGAAGCCAGUAGUGGACGUUCAGGAGUUGGAACAGACGAGAUUUAUCGUUCAAAAUGGUUUGCAUUUGAAGAAAUGAAGUUUUUAAAUGAUAAAUUUAAACCACGGAUUACCAAAGAUACAGUUGAUUUAAAAAGAAAAAAAAAUCAGGAAGACCCUAGGAUAACCGAAACAUAUAAAUUAAUAAAAGAAAUUUCCAAUAAAAGGCAAACACCUAAAGUGAAGAAUGAUAGUAUUGUUUUUGGUGAGUAUGUUGCCAGUAAACUGGAGUUAUUUGAUCAACGUACAAAAACAAUGCUUCAACAUCAAAUAAGUAAUCUUAUUUGCACUACUGAAAUAAACUAUAUUCAUAAUAAUCCUGGUAACCAAAAUUUUCAAUUUAAUAUUAAUAAUCAACCUUCAGCCAGUUCAGCCAAUUCAAUGUCAUUUUCAUCUCCACUGUCAUCACCAACUGCAUCAUCUAUUCACUCAAUGUCUUCCACUCCACCACAGUCACCAUAUUACCCUUCUAUAGUGCAACAGCCUUCUUAUCAUAUGUCUAACUUCCAACGUACAUACGAGUAUCAAUAUCAGCAAACACCGCCUAUUAACUACGACACAUCAGCUAAUGUCAAUACAUCAGAAACUAUCCCAAUUGAUGACCUAACUACUAUGUCAAAUUUAUAA